UUGUGCCAGUCAAUUUGCAUUUGCAACGAAUGUGGGCACAAAAUGACACGCUGAAUCGUUCGGGUGUGUUGGAUAUUAUAACGGUUGGCGCAUUUACACGCCAUGCAAGCAAAGGACGCACUGGAGGGCUUAUAAAACUUCUGCAGGAAACCAAAGAUUCACCAACAAAAUUCGAACAGGGCAAUGCAUGUAAAGUGCAGGCCGCCAACGACGCUGUACAGGCUAUCAAGCAGCUGCGCAAAGAGAUUGUUGAAAUAAUGUCACAGCUACUUUCCCUUGCGAAAAGUAAAAACCCGAAAGGCAUGAUGCCUUUAUGUAAUGAAAUGAUUACAAAAACCAAAACGCUGUUAAAUAUUUGGGAGCCAAAUCUGGUGGAAGAAGCGUUCGCAUUUGUGGAACAACAUCGCAUUAUUGAGGAGCCAGAUAAUGUGUUAAUGCCAAUGUCACCAUUUCGUAAAAUCACACAACAACUGUGCGCUUUGGAUUUAAAAUCACCAGAACUGGAAGAUUUUGCCACACCCAUUGUUGCACCACCUGAUCUCUGGCCUCGCACAAAGACGCCUACGGGCGUUGGCCGCCCACUGGUGCGUUCAAAUAGCCUCUGCCUGCGUCCCUCACCCUCGACAAUGGAUAUAAAUGCCCUACACGCUCUUCAUCGCACUGUAAAAACAUACAACGAACAACUGCGCAAUCGUACGGUGGUUAUAAAUACUGGAACUACAGCAGAGAAUGAUUCGGAAGCUGAAGCUACAUUUCAAUCCCUGCCCGUGCAUCUGCAUGACACUGCAACUGACAUCGCGUUUAACGAAGGACAUUAUUGUGGUGCAGAUGACUUGAAAGCCAACAAUCGAAGUGCCAGUUCAACACUUCAGUUAAUUGAUCUAGAUGAUUUUGAUGUUGAACAGUCAACUAACAUCAGUAAUACGGCCAUGACACAAACAUUCACUCCAAAUGAUAAUAACUGUCAUUACUAUACGUACAUUGAUCCCGAAUUGGAUAUAGACUACAAUGCGACCACACUGAACCAUGGAAGUUUUCUGGACACAAAAAUUAUGAGCUCUUCCCCUUCGGCUAAUUACUAUCGGCCCACUGAGGAGCCUGAACCGCUCGAUUUGACACAAUUAAACAUCGAAGCGAGCGUAAUGUGCCUGGUUAGCAAAAUCAAAUUUCUCUGUGGUCGUUGUGGUAGCCCAGCAAUACGUCUGAGGCAACCAAAAACUAAUAUGAAACGCGCUGGCUUCACGCACUCGCCUGCUCCGCCAGAUCUAGUGGUUAAUCAAAUUAAAGUUGCUGACAUGGAAGAAACUGAUCGGGCCGCAGAAGGUAAACAGACAAAUGCAAAUGGUAAUGGACUGAUUUUGGACUUAACGCAGGAUGUUGAAGCACAAACACAACAAUCGACGACGGAUAAGGAAACCAUCGUGGCUCAGAAAAAAGGAAACAAAUUCACCGACGGCCUCGACUUAUCGCUUACCACUGAUUGGGCUUCCGAGUUGCGCCCUUCAAUGCGCAAACUACGUCACGCUAUGGAUGGCCUAUUGAAGACGGCGCGGCUAAUGCAUUCUGUGCAGCGUCUGCAGCAAGAUAUGAAACGCAACAGCAUAAAUUUGGAAAUUAUGUAUCGCAGAGAUGUGUGCUUUUCACAAGCGUUGACUGCCCUCAUCAGUGCACUGAUGGCCAAAUUAUGGAGCACUGAAAUAACGGAAAACUUCAUAAAGAUACUCAGGGAUUUAGGACCACUGGCGUACUUUGAAGGUCUGCUAUCACUAUAUGGCAAUGAGACGGAUAUGUGGGGUGAUAUGUGUGUCGCCAUCGAGGAUCUUUCUGCAGUGAAUUUCACGCUUAUACGUAGUAGCGCACAAAACAGCGAUGCUCACACGCUGGCCCCCCUGCCACGGGUUACAGGUUCGCGACAGGCAUUGAAUGUGCUGCUGCCAGUGCCGGAACAUGUGUAUGUUAUCGUGCCAACUCAAGAGACGUUUACAUUCAAACUAACACCGGUGUUCUUCAAUAUCGGAAUUAACGAAAAGGCUACGCUGGCUGAGACUCUAGGUCAAACACGCGAACAACAUCGUUCCAAUUGGGAUAACUUUGUUCGUCUGAAACAGUAUUAUAGUCGAUAUCGUAAGUUGCAGCUGGUUAAGCCAGAGACGCCCAGCAAGCAUGAACCUCAUCCGCCAGCACCACAAGCGCUUGCCAACAUACUGGGUUUUAUGGAGGAGCAGCUGCGUUCGAAUGUAUCGAAAAAUGUGAAAAUUUUACACUUGGCUGAAGAUGCUUGCCGUCUGAUGUCAGGCUUGCGUUUUACCUCAUGCAAAAGUGCCAAAGACCGUACGGGUAUGUCGGUGACAUUGGAACAGUGUCGAGUAUUGGUUCAAGAAUUCCAUUUACCUGCCAAAAGUGUGCCAUACGUACUGAGCACGAUGAGAAGCGAGGGCACACGCAUGGACAAUGUCUUCAAGAAUAUCGGUAAGCGAAAGUACGCAUUUAAUCUGCCACAGGUGCUCUCAUUGCCGGCUAUGUACCGGCCAGCAGCAGGUUCCUACGGCAAGGCGGAGACUUAAAAUCGACUAAAAUUUGAAAUAAAGCAAAAAGGAAAGCGGCAAGACUUAAGCCAUUGAAAAGGCAGUAUAAAGUAUAGGUAAUCCGGAUUCGAAUUUAGUUUUUAAGAACGAACCUACAUUAACCUCAUAAACUAGGUGAAAUUAGUAGAGUUGAGUAAAAAAACAUAAACAGGCAGGUUAUGCAAUUCACUUCCGAGUGAAUUUCAACCCCAUUCAAUUUCAAUUCAAAGUGAUUAUGGUUGAAAUUCACUCGGAAGAGAAUGGCAGAACCUGCCUGAUAAUACCAAAAGAAAAACGAAUUCUCAACUUGAUAAUUCAAAUUGUUAAAUGAAUUUAACCCAGUAGAAAAGCAUAUUUAAAUAAGAAUAUAACCUCAAUUUUGCACAAUCUUAAUUUAGAGCAAAAAUUAAAAGCACGAUGUUGUAUAAUUUUGCAUCGUAAUUUUAAGCAAUUCACAUGAGCGUCGUCGUGCAAGCAUAUCUAUAAAUUUUUUUUAAUUCCACGAAAGAAGUUUUAUUUCUUUUUUUUAUAUAACUUCGCUAACAACUUUAAUUUGCUGCUGGCGGGAAAGUUUUCAAGCCUCGGUUUUAGUUCUUGUUUCUACUUAUAAGAGGCUCAGUGCAAUGACUGAUUUUCAUGAAAUCAACUCCACUUUGUUAGUAUAAUGCAUAAUUACCCAAUAAUCGAACAAAUGGCGGACUUUAAUAUUUGAGCUUAGUACUUAUAAUUUCUUGUUAAUGUUUAUGAACUUGUAUGACCUUGCGUAUUUCUUUGCUUUUAACAUUUUUUUUGUUUUAAUUCUAAUUACAUACUAUAAAGACAGCCCCUUGAUAAUGUGUACCUUUGAAGAUGAACUAUAAUCGGUUAUAAGAAAGCUGAGUUAAAAAACAAGAUGCUGUUUGAAAAUUAAGGGUGUCGCGAAAUUAAUAUUUCUGCAGACAAAUUUCCAUCUUAAGAAAUGAACUAACCGUCAUUAUGUUUAUGACAUCGCUGAUCAAAAAUCUGGAAAAUAGUUUUCUAACUCUUUUCUCUGGUUUGAACCGCGCAAAAAUAAAAAAAAAAAAAACUCAGUGAAUCCGUAUUUAAUUCUGUUUUUUUAUGAAACCACUGAUUUCAAAGGUUUUCGCAGGGUAAUAUUGCAAAAAUAAAGCUUUCAAGUCGCUUUAAAUUCGCUUCGGUCGAACCGCCAAGCGUGUCAUCUCUUUUAAGCUAUGAAUAAAUUUUGUUUGUACAAUUUUCACUUGUAUUGGAAAUAUAUGUGAUUGAUGCAUUACCAUUUUAACGAACGACAAUUUAAUACAAUUAACAAUUGUGCCAAAUAUUUGUUACUGACAAAAUAAUAUGUAAUUGUUUGAUAUCUUUAAUGCAAAUUCUUAAGUUUCUAUACUUGUGUGGGUAUGAAAAUAUAAACUCCACUUCCUUUUUCCGAAAGGAGCCCCU